AUCACUCUCCUCCCACCAGAACUCAUCCACGAGAUCGCAUGGCACCUGCACCCUGUCGACCGGGUAUGCCUAGCAUUAACAUGCAAAACACUAACCUCACAUAUCCUCUCGGCCCCGCUCCUCUCGCCAACAACAUGGACGCGGUUCUCGGAUCACCGCUACGCAGGCUUCCUGCCGGAAUCAUACUCCUUGAUCCUCCGGCUGGCGCACGGCUGGAUCCCGAAGGACAAGCUACGGUAUUGUUCGCGGUGCCACAAGAUCCUGCCGCGCGAUGAGUCCUACUUCCGGAGCCGCAUGUCGUUGAAGAAGACGCCGCGGUGGAACAUCAAGGUGCGCAUCGAGAAGGAGGUCUGGGACGGGAUGAGCAAACGGGCACGUUACGCGCAGCUGCUGAACGACUGGUGCCACACCAGCGUCGAGGACAGCAGCAUCCUGUGCUGUGACAUCUGCCGCACCAAAGCCAUCAAGGAGACCGCAGACGGCAGAGCUGAUGGUAACGCCUCGCGCCUCCUGCACUACCCACCCGUACAGUGUCCCGAAUGUCUAGAGAAGGAACUGACCUAUGUGUGGCGCCCGCCACGGCAGCCGUGGUUGAGACAGAAGCUGGGCCGCAUCCUCCUGGCCGUCUAUCAGCCUUGCGAGUGGGUGGUGUGCUUCAUCUGCUGGUGCUGCUUCUACGGCGUCCGCUUCGCCUACAGGGAGUGCAAGCAGUGCUGGCGGAGGUGGGUCGCGCCUGGUCCU